GUUCCGCUUCUUUUUAACGCAACCCAAGGAGUUAGGUCUCAGCCAUGGCUGCGGCGAACCCUUGGGACCCGGCGUCCGCGCCAAACGCUGCCGGGCUCCUGCUGGGCCAUUUCGUAGCUUCGGGGAUAGUCACUCAGGAAAUGUUAAAUAUAUCUAAGAAAUCAGCUCCUUGCUUUGUGAACUUCUCCACGCUGCAGCAGAUCACAAAUAUGCAAGCUGAAAUCAAUCAGAAAAACCUAGAAAUUGAACUUCUAAGACUAGAAAAAGACACAGCAGAUAUUGUUCAUCCUUCCUUUUUGGCUCAAAAGUGCCAUACUCUGCAAAGCAUGAAUAAUCAUUUGGAAGCAGUGCUAAAAGAGAAGAGGUCCCUCAGGCAAAGACUGUUGAAACCCAUGUGCCAGGAAAACCUGCCUAUUGAAGCUGUUUAUCACAGUUACAUGGUACAUUUGCUGGAGUUGGCGGUGACUUUCAUUGAGAGAUUAGAAACCCAUCUUGAAACAAUUAGAUAUAUUCCUCAUUUAGAUGAAAAUCUAAAGAAAAUGAGCAGUGCUUUAGCCGAGAUGGAUAUUUUGGUGACUGAGACAGAAGAACUGGCAGAGAAUAUACUUAAGUGGCGAGAACAACAAAAGGAAAUUUCCUCUUGUAUCCCCAAAAUAUUAGCUGAAGAAAAUUAUCCUCAUAAACAUGAUGUUACCACGCCUCCUUUACCUCUUACUUCUAAAGUUCAUGUCCAAAUGGUUAAUGCCAAAUGAUUAAACUGAUUCAGUUAAGAAAAAAUAAAUCACUUUUGCCUAAUUGUG